AUGUUCCUGAUAUCGAAAAUAGUUCGCGGUCGACGUCUGCUUCACGAGCUUGAACAACAAGAACGGGAUGAAGCUGCUGCGGCUCUCGAUGCAGCCAACUCCAUUUCGCAGGUGACUUGGUUUCUUUCUUACUUAUUCAAGAUUUCCGAAAUUUUUUCAAAAAAUUACGAUUUGCAGUUAAACUUAUUGCGAAGGAAUACAAUUUUUGAAAACAUCCCCCGAUAUUUCAAACUUAAAGGUAUCUCGAAGGCUUGUGGCUCGACACUCCAAAGGUUCGGCGCUUGAUGAUGGCAAAAAUGGCUCUCCAGACGUUUCGAGAACCAGGUUGAGAUCGAGGUAGUUGUGAUAAGUGAUAGAUUUCCUUUCAAUGAAAAUGGUACAGAAACAAGAAAACAUGAACAAAUUUUUUUCAAAAGUUUUUUUUUAUCAAUUUUCAAGUUUUUACAAAUUUGGAGAAAAAUAAAAUUCCUGCAAUUUUAUUCGAAUCCUGCUACCAUUUCUUUCUGGAAUUAUUAGGAAUUCACAGAGCAUCGUUUGAAAAAAAAUUCAUUAUUAUUUUUGAGUUGGCUGAAUUUAUGAAUGUUCGAUAGCCCAAAAAGGUUGGAAAAAUGCAUGAAAAGAAGAUUUCGGAUAAUCGUUUGAUAAGAAUGUUUGCUUCAUUAUAUUAAGCAUGAACUUGAUUUCGCGUAGUAAGACUGAAACCGUUGAGUCAUUUCAAUACGAUUCGAAAACCUCAAUCAAAAUCUAUCGACCUUUUCCCAUACUCAUCCGUUUUCCAUCAGACGCGGAACAGUCAGAAGGAAGACCGAGUUAUGCGGAUCUGUCGACUCGGCGAUCGACUCAGAGAACAGGUCGCAGGUCCGACGCAGCAGCAGUAUGCCAAGCAUCUGUGAUAUGGAACAAGGUCCAAAGCCGUCGAUCGAUAUACAUCUUUAUUGUUUUUUCAGCGUCUAGUUCGACACUCAAGCACUACAACUACGAAGGCAAACUGAACAAGUUACAAAGACGCGCCUUGCGUUUCACGUGGCAUCGUCUUCAGACGAGAAAUGGGGGCAAACGUGUGGAGAAUGUGUUCGAGGAGGCUAGUUUUGAAUAUUUUCUUUGCCAGUUUUUAGUGAAACUCUUGAUCUUGGAAGAAUAAAAAAAAUGUAUUGAAGGAAAAGAAAAUCGAGUUUAGUAAAAAUUGGUGGUAAUCGUAAUUUUAAUCACCAAAACUUAAAGGUUCAACCGAAUACUUCGAAGAAAAAAAGUGAUAUCGACGAUGACGUUAUAGAGCCCAUUUGAAAGAAAUGACAUCAUAAAAAACAAUAUAUAACGUUCGUUUUCUUUGUAGAUUAAAACGUUGAAUAAGAAAAUAAUAAUCAUUCUGAAAAUCUGAAUUUUGUUGGGUUCGGAAAGUUUUCAUUCCACUUGAGAGUUUUUUCAGAGGUUGCUUCAAAUCAUUUUCAUCAAAUUGAGAUUUUUUAGUUUGUUGAUUUUCAAUUUUUAUAUCCAUCUAAUCAUGAUGCAAAGUUUCACAGUUUUUUUUCAAUUUCGUGUUCUGGAAAAUGCUUUUUUCGAGCGAAAAGAUAUUACAGGUCUUUGACAAACUUGUCCGCCAGCUUCCAAACAUCAGAGACAUGUUCACAACGCGGAUGUUCUUGUGUGCAAUGUCAAAAAAUUCAACAUCAACUAUCCGCGAUCAUUCGAGGGUUUCGACGUAAAACUUUACAUAACACAGAAAAUAUUUUCAGGUGACGGUCCGGAUGUUGGAAGUCGUGAUAAAAAACUUGGACGUUGAUAAAUCAAAGCGGACAGACACCGGGACUCCUCAAGAUCCAAGGCUUAUCGGUCGGUUUUAGAUCAAAAUCGAAGCUUUCUUGAGUUGUUAAAAUAUGAAUACAGUUCCUGUAUUGAUUCUCUGUUUGAAGCUAGCGGUAGAAAAAUUGAAAUGCUGAUUUAAUUAUCCUUCUAUCUGUGUAGGCCGAGCUCAUGCCGUUCUGAGGCCAUACGGCUUAACCGGGGCAUACUGGGAAAAGUUUGGAGAGACGAUGAUCGAUGUUGUUUUGGGACAAGAAGCCGUCAGAGAUCUUCCUGGAGCUGGACAAGCUUGGGUCAUCUUCACCGCCUGUCUUAUCGAUCAGGCAAGAUUUUCCUACAAUGAAAACUGAGAAAAGUUCAUCUAAAAAGUUGAAAAACUGGAAGAAAUUGUGAAGUGUGAAAUUUCAGCUUCGAGCCGGCUUUGAUGAAAAUCGUUCAGCGACCCACGUUUUAUCAAAACAAUCCACAGUUCUUCACAACGCUUCCAAACUCCUUCAUGGGGUGAAAUCCGAGGAGAAAUAAACUGAACGAAAACAAUAUAAUUCAGGACUCCGUCGACCUUGAUGAGCCUUCCACACUUGAAAUCGAAAUUCCUGAGGGGAGCAAACUCAGCAAUAAGCUCAAAAAACAGUGCAGUGUUACGAAUGUCAGUUUGGAAAGAAAUUUUUCGAAUAGUUUAUUAGUUAUCAUAGUUUUGAAUCUUUUUUUUGGAGGAAAAAGUAAGACAUAUUAAGAAAUAUGGAGAAAAAAGGAUCACUCAUUCUUUUUAUUUUAUUUUGAAGAAACAUGCAAGAAUAUUCAGAAAACACGAGUAAACCUUCGAUAGAGACGCUGGAAAUCAAACAGCUUUAGGAGAAUCAGGACAAAAAUUUUUUUACAGUGACUUCGAAAAUAUCAUUGAAUUAUAAGUCUGAAGUUCUUUUUUUGACACUUUUUUUCAGCUUUUUCCAAACUUACGCUGAAUGAACCACGUACUUUGAAAGAAAGCUUGUUUUUUUAUUAACUACGGUAGCUUUUCAUAACCUUUUUUUCAAUCACCAAACCAAAAACAAGCCAAAUUGGUCAUUGGUUGCUCCUUAUUACAAACUAUAAACAAUUUCUUCAUAAAGAAACCCAGAAAAGGAAGGUCAUUCUGAUCGCUUCGCCGCACCCACUCAUUCAUUGUUUCAGAACGGCCAUCGCUCCUCGGUUCAACUCGAGAUGUGUCCCUUCGAACUCAGUCAACCGAGCACUUCCUCAUCAAAUCAAUAACUUUUCUUGUCCGUUUCCAUCCAUGACGUCACUUGGCGAUUCCUUUUCCAAUUAUCUUCGAAGAGACGCAGCACGUUUGCGCCAAAGUUCUAAUUGAAUGUAUAACGAGCAGUUUUUUUCUUUUCUUUUUUUGGCCAUCGAUUGGGAAGAAACGUGUGUUUCUGUUCUGUGUUGGAAUUGGGAAUCUAUAAACUUUUCGGGAAACUUAAUUUCGAAGCACAGGAUAGGACAAGUAAAGAGAGUGAAGAAAAUGUGACAUCCAGCCAAAGUCUCAUCCGAUGGAAAAUGAUGGAAUAAAGUUAGAGAAGAAAAACUCGUUAGAUUAAGUUCACAUCUUUCGAAAUCUUUCUGGGACCAUGUAUUUGGUUUUGUCAUUGUUUGGAAAAAUACACGGGUAUAAUAAGGACAGCGCAAUCAAAAAAAAAAAGAAAGGUCUUUUUAAAUCCAACCUUUAAGGCUUAAAGUUAUCCUUUCACCUCAUGAAGUUUCAUAUCCUCUUUUCUUUCUAAAUUAAAAAAAGAACGAUUCUGGUUUUUUUCAUGGUAAAAAUCUUGACUGUAAAGAAACCAUUUCGCAAUUAGCUUUGUCCCAGAAUAUAAUUUAAGAAAUUUCCAAAACUGCGUGAAAAGAAUCACGUAUUCCAAAAAAACCAAAAAAAUAUUCCUUACUUCGAGCAAAAAAACUUACUUUUUUUCUUAAUUUUUUUCCUCCAUUUCUUCAACUUUCUUGUCAAUCGCCCGUAAAGAAUGAUCGAAAUGAAGGAAAAGGGCAACCGGGUGACCCAAAUGAUUUGCGAUAACCCACUUUUCUUUUUGCGCGCAUUUAGGUUAUCCAGUUCCCUCCUCUACUCCUCAUCCAAUAUCUGUCAUUUUGUGUCUUUGUAUCAUUCUUUAUCACCCUUCUUCUUCCGUUGCACUACUUCAUUUUGUGAAAAAAAACAUUUUCGAAAACUUAAACAAUGCAAAUAGAGCUGAAAAGUCAUGAGAACUGGUACAGUAAAAGUCUUUUUCGAGUUUCUCUGAAUAAAAUUCUGUUAAUUUUUGUAAUAGAUCAGUUCCAAAAAUCUCAACAAGAAGAUGAGUGAAAAAAAUGUGACAAUAGAAUAGAAAUUGAUUACGACAACAGCUUCUCCCAAAUUUUUCAGGGUUUAGAAAAGCACAAAAACGAGAAACGGGUAGUUUUUUAACAUGUUUUUGGAGAGUUUCGAUCAGAAUAGUUCUACUACUUUCGGGAUUUUUUUUUCAACUUUUAACUUUUGAUAUCUAAUCCUGACUAAACAUUCUCGUCCGAACUUUCCUCAAUUAUUAAGAAUCUCUUUUUCGUAAAAUGUGUGAAAUCAAAGCAUUAACUUUUUGUCAUUCAGAUGGACAAAGGUGGAGGAAAGUUUGACAUGAGGGCCAGCUGGAUCUCCAGCAUCCUCAGUGUUUCGUGCGUUCUUUGUGUCGCGGUGGUGAUUCCAGUUCUGCACAUUCAGCUCGAAGAAGCGAACUCUCGGCUUCACUCGCGCAUGGCUUCUUUCAAGGUAUUCGUCGCUGUUAGUGUUUUUUAUUCCAUUUAUUUUUCAGUUCACUGCUCGAGGUGUCUGGCAAGACAUCAUGUUGGUGAAAGGAAACGGAAGAAUCCGACGUCAAUCCGGCGGAUACGGUGGGUACGACGCUGCAGGGGAGAAUCAACAGUGCACUUCUUGCGUUCAACUUCAUUGUCCUCCUGGACCAGCAGGACCUCCUGGCGUUGCUGGAGAGCCUGGAAUUGAUGGAUCUCCGGGUAGACCAGGUAUUUGGUUGCUGAACUUCGAAAAUGAUCCCCUGAAAACUAUUUCUGUAGUGUCUUUUUUUGUAAAAGAGUAUGAAAUCAGUAAAUCCCAGUCAAUAGAUUGUUUUUCGUGCUGCUCUCAAAGCGAAAUAUAAUGAAUUUAAAUUUUCCAACUCCAGUGCGCUCAGAGCUCACAAUCAAGCACAUUUUUUGAAAUCAACUUUUUAACGUUUGAAGAUAACAUGAACUCAAAAGUGAUUUUCUAGGAAAACCUGGUCUCGACGGCCUUGACGUUCCUCUAGAUCCUGAACCAGCGUUCCCAUGUGUCAUCUGUCCAGCUGGACCUCCGGGAAACCGAGGACCUCAAGGAGAAACCGGAAGACCUGGUGUUCCGGGAGAAACUGGACAUCCCGGCCUUCCUGGACGUCCUGGAAAGCCUGGGAGAGUUGGAGACGCCGGACUUCAAGGCGAACCGGGAGAGCCAGGAGAGCCGGGUAUCAAAGGACCACCUGGAGACGACUCGAUCGGCGGAACUGGAAUCAAGGGACCUCCAGGCCCGCCCGGACCGCGAGGACCAAAAGGACCGCCAGGCGCCAACGGUCUGCCUUCUCAAAACAGCGGACCUCCGGGCCCUAUUGGAGAGAUGGGACCGCCUGGACCACCAGGACCGCGUGGAGAGCCUGGACCUCCAGGUCCAUUCGGUCCUCCUGGAGAUGCUGGAGAGCCCGGUGGUCACUGUCCAUCGUCUUGUGGCGUUCAAGAGAUCGUUGCUCCUUCUGUCACGGAGCUCGACACCAACGAUGAACCAGCUCAGAAACCUUCGUCUUAUUCUGGAGGCGGCUACGGAAAAUAG